AUGGUUCAUCAGAAUAAAUCGUCUGUGAGGUCCGUUGAGCCGGGCGAUAUUUCAUUGUUGUCAGAUUCUCCUAAAAACUUACCAAAGGUUUACAUCAGUCCUUCCAUUCAUGAACAGCACAUGUUGAAAAGGAAAAUGGUCAAGAAAUCUCUUGUCGCUGGGAUGGUGGUCUUGCUUGUGGCAGCUGUGGGUUUUUUCCUGGGUGUUUAUUUGGGGAUCGGAAAUAAAAGACUCACUAUGUCCUCGGACCACUUCUACUCAAAAGCAGCCGUGGCAGCAGACGCCGGGAAAUGCUCUGAGGUUGGGAGGGACAUCUUAAAGCGCAAUGGUUCAGCAGUUGAUGCUUCUAUUGCAGCUCUAUUGUGUGUCGGGCUCUUCAAUGCACACAGCAUGGGCAUUGGAGGAGGGCUGUUUUUCACCAUAUUUAAUGCGUCUACAGGAAAAGUAGAGACAAUUGAUGCCAGAGAAACUGCUCCAAAGAACGCUUCAGAGGACAUGUUUGGCAAUAACACCCAGCUUUCACGGAAAGGAGGGUUGUCAAUCGCAAUUCCAGGGGAAAUUCGUGGCUAUGAGAUGGCACAUAAAAGACAUGGGAAACUGCCAUGGAGGGAACUGUUUCAGCCCAGUAUAGAAUUGGCACGCAAUGGCUUUCCGGUUGGCAAAGCCUUGGCCAAUGCCAUCGCAAAAAACAAGGAAACAAUUCUGGAUGACAUGACAUUGUGUGAAGUGUUCUGUGACUCAGACAAAAACAUCCUGAAGGAAAAUGAUAUCAUUAGAUUUACCACGCUUGCCGACACCUAUGAGAAGAUUGCAGAAGAAGGGCCGGAUGUGUUUUACAGCGGAUCUUUGGCCCAGAAUAUAGUGGAUGAUAUCCAAGCUGCAGGCGGAAUUAUAACACUUGAGGACCUAAUGGAAUAUAAGCCAGUGUUGAACGAGACACCGUUGAAGUUAACUGUCGGAGAAUACACCAUUAAUGUUCCUGAUGCUCCAUCCAGUGGACCUGUUCUCGCUCUGAUUCUCAAUAUAGUGGACGGUUUCAACUUCUCAGACCACAGUGUGUCCACAGCAGAAAAGAAGACUUUGACCUAUCAUCGUAUCGUAGAGGCGUUUCGCUUUGCUUAUGCCAAGAGGAGUAAACUAGGAGACCCACGUUACCUCAACAUCACAGACCUCAUCCACAACAUGACCUCAGACUACUUUGCAGACAACAUCAGGAGUAAAAUAACAGAUGACACUACUCACCCAGACAGCUACUAUGAUCCAGAAUAUUUUGUACCCGAUAACCACGGAACAGCUCAUCUGUCAGUCAUCGCAGAGGAUGGGAGCGCAGUGGCAGCAACUAGCACCAUCAACCUUUAUUUUGGCUCAAAGGUGAUGUCACGCUCAACUGGCAUUAUAUUUAAUGAUGAGAUGGAUGAUUUCAGCUCUCCUUAUAUAACCAAUGGUUUUGGUGUUCCCCCUUCACCCAACAACUUCAUUCAGCCAGGUAAAAGACCGCUUUCUUCGAUGUGCCCCACAAUCAUUUUUGACAAACACAACAGAGUCAAAAUGGUGGUCGGGGCAUCAGGUGGGACGAAAAUCACCACAGCUACCGCUCUGGUGAUCCUAAACUCGCUGUUCUUUAACUAUGACCUGAAGAAAGCAGUGACAGAGCCCAGAGUCCACAAUCAGCUCAACCCCAACAUGACCGUUGUCGAACAGGACUUUGAGCAGAGUGUUCUUGAUGGCUUGGCUCAGAAGAAUCACGUAACAGAGCUACAGAGGACACCAGGUGCAGUGGUUCAGGCCAUCGUGCGGCAAGGGGACAAACUCUGUGCUGAAUGUGACCCCAGGAAAGGUGGCUAUCCUGCAGGAUACUGAACGCCAGUCCAUCUCAUCAUUCGUA